CUCUACCACACAUCACUUACCCAAUCUUCUUUAUUCUCUCAUUCAUCAAACCUUCUUCUCGUCGCCAACAACUUCCGCAAUUGUCAAGAACACGACAGAAACCAAUUGGUCUCUUGACUCUAGAACGUUUGGUAGGAGAACUUUUCGAACAAUACAUUUAUUCCAUCAAGCACGUUUUUUAUACUUCUCAUCUUCCGUUACAAUAAUUCCCUUUCAUCCCAAUCACUCAUCUUCAGCACAAGAAUUUCGUCUUGAUAUGCCACACAGCUAUCAUCAUGUCUUCAGACGAAGCUCCCCACGAUUCUGGCAAUGGUGAGCUGCAAGGCGAUCGUCAGAACGUUCCAGGUGCGCUAGGACCUCACUCAGACACCCCGGAUGAGACCACGAGAUCUGGCAGUCUUCCGAGUAGUCAAGAUCCUACACUGACCUGUGCCGGUAAUCAAUCGAAUGCUGCAGCUACCACAGGAGCUCCUGCCGAUCCAAUGGUCGGAUCCCACUUCCAGCCCGCUGAGCCAUCAAAGGGUAAGGAUGAAGACAUGUCACCAGAAGAAGACAUAUCAAGCAAUGUCAUUCAUAAUGAAAACUCGUCUAACAGUUUUAACAAAGAGGACGUUCCUGAGCAACAAGUUCAACAAUACUGUCGUGACAGUGGUGAGGCUGAGCUUGAAGGCAGCAAUGAUGUCAAUCGACCUGAGGGUCACUCCAAUCACGAUGAUGAGAAUACUGCCAUGCUGGAGCAAAAAGGUUACAUUGGAGGAGGCAGCUCAGCCAAUCCAACUCACACAGCUUCUCCUGCUACUGAUGACAAUUCGAAUCAGAACAAUAACCCUGUUACUAACAACGGCUCUCAUCAGCAAGACUUAAACGAUGAUACAAUCAAGAACUCCGGUGAUAAUGAUUCUGACAAGAUCAAUAGUAAUCACGAAGAGCAUGAUGAAAACUGCGAAGCAGAGGAUGGUAACAAUCAAGGAGAUGAUAUCAGUUCAAAAGACUCGGAUAGUGAGGCCGAAGGUAAAGCUUUUUCCUUCACUCAUGUGACAAUCUUUGAACCCAGCUAACCGUUAACAGACCCGUCCGUCGAGGCAGAAAUCUUGGAGAAUCUGGAUGAAUCGGAAGUCGACAUCAAUACCAGCGCAAAAAUCCUACGACGCAUGCUGCGGAGAAAAACCGAGGAGCUCAGAUCAGUCCGAAUAAGUGCGCUUCGACGUGAGAAUCAACUCCAGGCAGAU